GGGCGCGGAGCAUGGCGCGGGCGGCGUUGGGGCUGCGGCCGGUCCCGGGGCUGGGGUUGGUGCUGGUGCUGCUGGGCGGCCUCCUGCUGCGGGGCGGCGCGGCGGCGGGGGCCGGGGCCGGGGCCGGGGCCGGGGCCGGGGCCGAGCCGUGCCAGGCGCCGCGGCAGUGGGAAGGGCGCACCGUGACCUACGAGCACGGCACGGGCCGCAACACGAGGGCCGCCGUCUCCUACGACGGCCCCAACCAGCGGCUGCGCGUCCUGGAGGAGAGGAAGGCGCUCAUCCCCUGCAAGAAAUUCUUUGAGUAUAUAUUCCUCUACAAAGAUGCAGUGAUGUUUCAGAUUGAGCAAGUUACAAAGCUUUGCUCGAAGGUUGCUCUGACAGAGCCAUGGGAUCCGUAUGAUAUUCCUGCCAAUUCAACCUACGAAGAUCAGUACUACAUUGGGGGACCUGGAGACAAAAUUAUGGUACAGGAAUGGUCUGACAGAAAACCAGCCAGGAAGUUGGAAUCGUGGGUCGGCGUUUACACAGUGACGGACUGUUACCCUGUACAGGAAACCUACACGAAGAACUACAGCGUGACGACCUCCACUCGCUUCUUUGACCUACAGCUGGGCAUUGCUGACCCCUCUGUGUUCACCCCUCCCAGCACCUGCCAGACAGCCCAGCUGAGGAAGAUGGAAGGUGAAUGCUGAUGGUGAACUCAGGCUGCGAACACGUGUUAGCCAAGAGGAUGGUUCAUUAAUAGCUCCUGACAUCCAACCUUGGUUUUCAAGCUUAUUGUGGCUCUUCUGGGAAUUACAGG